AUGAUCACAGAUAUUUCAUAUAAAAGUUCAACAUCAAUAUCAGCAUCAACAAUACAUCCCAGAUGUGAAGAAUUAACAUUUGUAUUAGCAGGUAUUUAUGAAAUUUUCUCAAAUGCUUUCUCAAUUGGUAUUGGUGACUUUAAUAAUGAUAAAAAUCUAGAUAUAAUUAUUUCUAAUUGGAAUAAUAAUCAAUUUGAUUUAUUUUUCGGUUAUGGAAAUGGAAGUUUUGGUUCACAUAAAAUUUAUUCAACAAUUGGUCUUAUCUAUUUUAUUGCUGUUGAUAAUACUAAUAAUGAUAUUAUUAUUCUCAUCAUGAAACUAAUCAAGUUGGUCUUUUAA